CCCAGGUGGGGGCCUGAUUGUGGGAUUUUAAGUGUCCUGCUGCUUAAUGAUAUUUUUUUGGGCUGUGUCUGUAAAAUUUCACCUGACAGCUUAUUAAAUAUGGGAGAAAAGUUGCAAAGUCAAAAAACCUAUUCCUGCUCUUUUUCUGAUUGCAAAUCUACAUUUGGUGAAUCAUGGAAGCUGGAGGCUCAUAUGUGCAAACACACAGGAUUGAAACCCUUUUCCUGUGGAAACUGUGACGAGAGAUUCUGUACUCAACAUCAGCUCACCAGGCAUGAGUUAAGUCAUAGUGAUGAGAAGCCCAUCAUGAAGAACCAUGUAUCCAACACCCAAGAGCUCCAGAAAAAACACUUUAAUUGUGACCAUGAGGGCUGUGGAAAGGAGUUCCACAAAAGAAACCAGCUGAAAACUCACAUGUGUGAGCAUCAACCUCUGUUACCCUUUCCUUGUAGGUUUCCUGGAUGUGCCAAAGAAUUUCUCAGCAAUGGAAAACGGAGGCACCAUGAGAGAGUGCAUCAAGGUUAUUCCUGCAACAAUGAAGUGUGUCCCUUUCAGGCUAAAACAUGGACCGAACUUCAGAAGCACAAAAAAGAACAUGAAGUUAAGGUGCAAUGUGGAGCAUGCCAAAAGCUUUUCAGCAACAAAUGGUUCCUGCAUCUACACGAGCUGCGUGUCCACUCCGGGGAGAAGAAGCUUCUUUCAUGCCCCAGAGAAGGUUGUGACAGGAAGUUCAUGCGGCGCUUCAACUUGGAAAGUCAUGUUCUGGGAGAGCAUGAGGGGAAAAAGCCUUUCAUCUGUGCUCAUGCUGGCUGUGGAAAGAGCUUUGCCAUGAAGGAGAGCCUGCGGAGACAUGGAGCGGUACACGACCCUGCAAAGAAGAAACUGAAGAGACCGGAUUCUACUAAUUCUCCAAAACAGAUGAGGCAACAGAUCCCACCUGAGGCUGCAGCCAGUCAAGAGGAAACCAACAAGCUAGCUGCAAGUCUGCACACUGCAACUUUAGAGGAUGUGUCUUGAAGCUGCACCAUAUCUUGGAUAUCCAUUGAAACAAUCAUUUUGUUUUUGUUAAGUGUGAAAAGCUUCAUUAAAGCGUCAAACUAGC